UGGCAAUACUCUCGUCCUUUGCCUUUUCGCGUACGUUUCGAACAAGCGGUGAUAACGACAAUGUCGCCUGUUUGAAAAGGAACACUUCGCGCAGGAUCGGAACCGUUGUCCCGUUUAUGUUUCAUGUUGGUCGGUAGAAAACUGUCGGCGCCCUAGCUUCAGCUUCUCGCCGUGCGCAGACAUGUGACGCUACGUCGAGGACAACAACGCCCGUGCCAGCCAUCAGUGGCCAUCAGCCCCCAGGGCUGCCCGCUCCGUGUUUCCAGCCUCGAAAUGCCCCGGCCUGGUCCUCGGCCGACGUCUCGACACCCAGAGUCCCGUCGACCCGAAGGCUGCCCUCCGCCGGGCCGUGUGUUUCAGUCACUCUGAAGUGGAGUUGCAAGCGAGCGCAGCAUAACGCUCGGAGUUCCAUGUCUUUAAGACCUAGAUAAUGGUCCUCUCACCAACCAAGUCAAAGAAGCCGCUGACCAGUAAGCAAGCCGCCUCGAGUCGAAAUACCGCCAGCAGCAGCAAUAGCUUUGGAGCUCUAAAACUGCAAAAAGGUUCUAAACCUCUGACUGGGAAAGCAUUCUUUUUUGACAUAAAGAAUCAUAGUACUGCGUCAAAGCUUGAAAGCACCAUCAAAAGUUACGGCGGGGUGGUCAACCCUUUUCUCGGGAAAGAUAUUAGUCUUGUAAUUACUGACAAACCAGAAUGGGGUGGUGCUGUACCAACUGCAGCUGCAGGGAGUCCUCUGUACGCAGGGGGAACCCCUAGGCCUUCACCGUCCCCAUCGCCUCUGCAGCAUCUGUUCUCUCCUGCUGCAUCCCCUGCUGGAAAUAGUCGGGGUUCUAACUUUUCACCUUCCACCCUUGAUUCGCCUGGAGAGUCAACUGGAGGAGGAAGGCGUGCACCCAAGUCUCGAGCUGAGGCUAUGCUAGAGAGAGUACGAGCUCAACCACAAUUUAGAACAAGGGAUCCGCUAGUGGAUGCUCAGAAUUGGGGAUUAAACAUUUGGUCCGUUGAGAAGAUUUUGCGACUUUUUCAAAAAAUUGCCCAAGGCCAGAAGAAAAGUGUCAAUGACACUCCCAUAGUUCCACCCAAACGUAAAUCUGAAACAACCUGCAGCAAAGUAAGACUUCGCACGGGUAAAUUUUUUGUCAAAAUCGAAUCUGCUGACAGAAAUUACAGGCCCUCAUACAAAGAUCUCCCUUGCUGGCCCACAAUAAAUUUGGACUCUGAACCUGGAACUUCCCCUUUUGUGCUGAAGCCUGCUUGUUCAGCAAUUAAAGCUCUGGUUUGCAAGGAACAAUCGGCAUCUAAGCAAGCAGGUGCUCAACUGCAAAAUAAAGGGCAAAGACCUGUUCUGAGGAGAUCUCCUAGAAAGAGAAAUUCUCCCCAGAAGCAAAAUUCUCCUACUAAAAGGAAUGCUGCAACUUCUCAGUCUCAAAAGAAGUGCACAAACUUAGUUUUCCAAGACAAAGAAAGCCCUCCAAGUCUUGUACCCCCCAGACCCCCAUCCAAAAGGCAUCCUGACAGAGCACUUUUUCCUGACUAUGAACCUUUGGCUGGGUACUGUGAGAUUUGCAAAGUAGAUUUUCAAGAUCUGAGGAACCAUUGCCAAACAGAUGGCCACAAAGAGUAUUCUAUGAAUGAUGAAAAUUAUGCUCAACUUGAUAGACGCAUUAAUUCUCAAGCUUUGACUGCUGAGACAUUUAUCAACCUCAUUACUCCUGUGACCACGAGGAACAGCAAGCCUGAAGGUCAAGUUGGUCCUGCACUGGCAGAGGUCAAUGAUGCUGAAUCAGAAUCAGUUAACAUGAGACAACCUGUUGAUGAUCGGCAUAUUCCUGCAAAAAUGGUUGGAAGGAAAGAAACUUUGGAGGUUCAAUGUAAUGGAAUCCCAAAUCAUGUUCAAACUCGCUUCACCUGCACCAAGGGUGACAGGGAGAACUUAGGUGGCAUCUUUCUUGAUGAAAGGCUCACUGCUGCUCAGUUAAGAAAGAGGCGGUCAAUAUCAGUAAGUUGCAAGGACUUGCUCGAGAUUGCGCCUUCAUCUGAAAGGACACAUUAUCUCCGAUCAGGUAGACCUGCUCGAAGCGAACUCUCACAGCUUUCUCCUGCGUUAAGUGACAACAGCCAUCCGUUGCUGAACAGUAAUAGCCAACAACCUCUGCUGUCUCCCACUCUCAGUGAAAGAGGACAUCAUUUAAGAACUAGAAGCCAGAUUUGGUCUAAUGUUAUAGAAGAAGAAUCUUUGCUUGUCACUGCCAACAACCAUUCUGAUAAAGAAAAAACUGAAAAGUCUGUUGACAAGGUUGAAAAAUCUGAGAAGGGUGAAGGGUCUGACAAAGUGGAUCAAACUGACAAGCUUUCUCCCCAGGACGGUGCGAUUAACGGAGAUGCGGAGGAGGAAAAAGAUGUGAAGGAAACCAAUGACCGCGAACUAAGACCCCCUCGCAAUCAAAGUAGAAACCGAUCCAUAAGGCGAAAAAGGCUAUCAGCUGAAGAAAAGCUCAUUGAAGACAAUAGAGGCUACUACAAGGUUGAGGUCUUAAAUAGCAAGUUAAGAUCCACAGGUUUAUUUGUAAACCAAACAAACCAAGGGGAGGGUGCUGUCAAUGGCUGUGCCUCAAAUGGUCCUGGACGAUCAGGAUCGCAAGAGGGAAAAGAGCCAGUCGUUGUACGCUUCAAGAAAGUGAGGCGUUCAGAGCUCUCUGUUCUCAGCGAUGAGGCAGAAAACUUCAUGUUCGGUGAACAAACUAGAAGUGACACUAAUUCAGAUGACUCCUCGGAAUCUGCAGAAGAGGAGGAGGAAGAAGAGGAAGAAGGAGACCUAGAAGAAGAGGAUGACGAUGUGGAAGAUGACGACAAUGACGAAAGUGGAGGGACUGAUGCCAAUGGGGUCAGUGAAAAUGGUACUGAUAGCAGCCGCAGCAGAAGCAGCCAGAGAAAUGGAUGUAGGAGUAGCCGGCGUCAUACUAGGCUAAGACUAAGGGUCGGGGCUGAUGGAACCUAUACCCGUUAUGCGGGUGCAGAAAGUGGUGGAACCAAUCAGUCUAAUAGUUCGGAAUCCAAUGGCUUCCGAAGUUGUCGGAAACGCAGAUCUCAAGCUGAAGCAUUUAUCAGUGACAAUAUAGACUAUUACAAAUUCGAGUUGUCUGGGUCACGAUUACGAGUGCAUGGUUCUCCCACUUCUGGUGAUGUGGAGGAUUCUGUGAAACAGGAAAAGAGUAAACUGCCUGUCAUGGAAGAACCCAUUGCCAGUGUAGUAAUUGAUGGAACUCCAUGUCCUCUUGAAGAUCUUCAUUUUUCGUUUGAAUCAGUGCCGAGCUCAGAGGUUUGGUUCCAAACCUUCCAGCGUCAGGACAGAGGAGAAGAACUUGAUUUUCCCUCUGUUAGUGAGCCAAGUUCUGUUGUGCUUCCAUAUCAAAUCCCUAAGCAGCGAGAUCCUAACAGAGGUCUCCAAGUAUUGGGCAAGAGGAGAAGUAGAAACUCAGUGCGACUUCCUAGAAAAUCUCCCCGCUGUCAUGCUUCAACUCUUGCUAUUCUUUCUAGUGUAGUGAAACGAAGGAGCAGUAAAGACCCUGGUCCUGCUCCUGCUGCAGCAGCACCUACUGAAGAUGCUGCGCCUGACCUUAUUCCAGAAGUAGAACCAAAGAACGCAUUAGCAAAACAAUCUCAGCCCAGCACAAGUGCCUCUGCUGAUCAGCAAGCAACUCUUGCUGCUCGAAUUGAUCGUUUGAACGGUGAGGAGGAGAUUCAAGAAAUAGCCAGAAGCAUAGAUUCUAUGCUUGGUCUUGUACCUCCCUCAUCUAGUGACCUGGAGAAGGAUCUAGAAGUGACUCAGCCAAAGCCCACCAAAGGGCGUGGCCGUAAAAAGCAAGCAGUAAGCAAGCAGCCAGCUCAAGUGAUUGCAGUGCCUGCAGUCAAUCCGGAUCCAGUGCCAGAGAGUGAGAGAGAGAAGGACUUUACACUAAAUUACCUGGUUGAUCCUGCAAUCUUAGAUGAAUUGGCGUGUACCUGUGAUGUUAUCUCAGACCCAAGAGGAGGCCCUACCAUGGACAUUUUAAGCCUGCUUGACAGCUAUUCUGAGUGUUGUUGCCUUGAAGAUUCAGCAUUCACUGAUCAUGGUAUUGAUGCCUCGUGUAAUAGCUCAGAGUGUGGAGCUUCCUCAGUGUGUGAUAAUGACAGACGGAUGCGCAAGAAACGGAAACGAAGGAUAAAUCAAACUGGGUGGGACAAACCAAAACGGAAAUGCAUGCUCAGAAGAGAUGCUGUUGGUCCUGUAUCUGAUGAACAAGAAUCUUUGAAAGAUCCUUCUAGUAAAGACAGUUUAGAAGAAUCAGAAACAUUGACCUCCCAAGACAGUGAAUCAAGUGUGCAUAAAGUUCCGAACAGUAUUUCAUCUCCCCCUUCGUUCCAAAGGAAGUGUGGAUCUAAACGGAAACUUCGUAGUUCAUUAGCUUUAACAGACUCUUCACGUAAAGGUAAUAUCUGUGGGCAACCGCGGAUAAAUGUGAUGAAAAUGGAGAAGGAUGGGGAGGUAUCUAUUCCCUCUAAGAAGGGGAAAGGCAGAAAAGUACGUAGAAUAGGAUGGUCAAAGGCCAGAUGAGGUUGUAUAGUGUCAUAGAUGUAAAUCCAUUUUGUGUUCAGUAGUAUAUCUGUGAAUGCCCCUAUCUGCCACCUAGUCUUGAAGCUUUGUUGCAACUGCCAAUUCAAUUUAUUUCUACUCUAGCACACCAAGUGUUAGCUCGUACUUGGUGCAACCUUGAUGCCUUUCAGUGUAUAUUAGUAAAAAGUUACUUAAUAUUGAUUUUAUCAAAUUUUAUCAAUCCAAAGAACAGCAGCAAUCCUGUAUCUUGUCAGUUCUGUAAGUAGAGAAAUGUUUUGUAUAUGUGUUUAUAUGACAGUUUUUAAAGAAAUUUUUAUAUGAUUGACUUGUUUCCAAAUUUUAAUUUCAUUUAUCUAAUACAGCGCCUUAGCUGUUUUGUAUAUCUCCUGUGUAAUGUAGUAGUUUGUACUGAUUUAUGAAAGUUUUCUAGGCGUUUCCUUCCAUGUAUCUGAACUGUUGUGUGCUCUUGUGAUGUCAAGUGUAACAUUGAAUGAAUGAGUGUAAAUUUUUGGUACAAAAGCUUAUGGUGUAAAAUCAGACUCUAGGAUUUUGUGUGGGUAUUCAAUUUGUGUGAAGCAAUAGCAAUAAUAUCUUUUCUAAAAUAGUAUGAAUUUCUUAAAUCCAACCUCUAUUCAAAGCCUUAUAUUGAACGUUAUCUCUGAUCUAGAAGUGUUUUGAAUUUCAUAUCAAUGCUCCUGAUGAUCUCUUAUUUAUUUAUUUUCUUUUGAAAAUGACAGUUUUCUUUAAAUGAUGUGCCCUAACUACUGAAGUGUUUGUGACCCUGACAUCCUGAUUAUUAUUAUUGCCUAUGGCCACUUUUGUUUAAAAUCAUAGUUUGACUUCAAGAUCUGAAAAAGGUAUCAUAAAGUGUUGAACAGGGUUUAUGAGGUAAGUUUAGUGUGGUUGUAUGUCUAUUGUGUACUUACAAAUGCACUAAACUUGUCACAAAUCAAGCGAAUUACUUUUUGAGAUCAGACUUUGUCGUACUGCAUAGGUAUUUCUUUAGUUUUGUUUGUUCCUUUCUUUGUUCUGGCUUUAAAUUUGUGAAUCUUCUAUCCCUGUUCAACUGAAAUAUUCUAGUAUUUUAUUUCUCAAACUUAAAUUUAUUUCAUUUGCGUGCCUUUACUGUUGUCAGUGGUAAUGUUGAAUGAUGCCAAAUUUCAUGAGAUGAAAAAUGUCUUAUCUUAGUGGGAUCUUCAGGAACAUGUUGAGCUAAUAUUCUGCUUUAGUGCUGUAUAGUUCAAUUGUUCAGUGGCUCUGGCUCAUGUAAUUAAUUUAAUCUGUCAAGUUAAUAAGUGAUCUGAUUUCACUUCAAACACAUCUGUGGAGACUGUUUUGGCAACUGUGCAUGUUUGUCCUGGAUAUUUUUUAUUGAAAAUGAGCAUUUGCAACUCAUUUUUUUGUCGAUUUGAAGAGGAGAGAAAUAUUUACCUAUUUCUGUCAAGAGCAAUACAAUAUCUUACUAAUUAGAUGACUACAUGGAGCCAAUUGGUAAUAGAUUUAUUGUCUUCUCAUGCAUUAUUUUUGUUUGUGUCAGAAGGACCACUCACUGCUUAAAAUAAUCAUUCUCUUGUACUAUUGAGGAGUUGAUGUUGCUCAUGUAAGCACUGCCAUGCCAUUUGUGAACAUCAUUUUUUAUGAGACUUACUGUUUGCUGCAUUAGCAUUAAGAAAUGUCAUGAUUCUUAAGACUGGCUCUGAUCACAGUAUCUCAUAUCACGAACACCAUGGUGUAUGCAUGAAAUGACUGUCCCAUUUUUAACAAACUAUUUUUCAUGCAAAUAUUAUAAAGAAAUACUUAGGCCAGGACAAGCACAGUUUGCCAUGCCAUCUUUUAAAAUAACUGCCAUUAUUUUAGGAACAUCUGUGCAAUCUGAUGCAUAGAUUCUCACUUGAGUAAUUAGUGAGACUUAUUGUAAGUUCAUUCUUGUAAAGUGAAGAACUACUCUAACAAUGUAAUUAUAUUGAUAAUGAAUCACAUUUGAUGCUAUGUUACCUAUAUUCUGUGGGAAAAUUGUAAGUAAUAUAUUUUUCAAUGGAGAAAGUGUCUAUGAUCUACAUCUGUGAAGGAAUUGUAGACUAUAAAGAAAAUACAGUUUCUGUUCCGUCAAACCUGAA